CCUUCGAAAGGAAGCAGCUCACUCCAGUUUGGAACUUUCAAGAGUGUAGAAGCAAAUACCCACCGCCAAGUGUUUUUGAAUCAUUUUUAGAGAAUUCGAUGGUGUAAAUAAGCUUUCCAGUGUUUCGUCCCAGCAUAUUGAUUGAAUAUGCGCCAGUUGAUUAUCCUAUUAAGUUGCCUCUUUGUGGCAGCACUUGCCACCAACCCACCCAAAUGGCCAAAAACAUACUCUGUGAGUGGAAUCCUCAGCAUUCCCUAUGCCGAGAUCACGGAACCAUUCUACGCUUGGUACGACGAGGCUAAUGGCCGUUCCCGUAUCGAUUACUACGGUGACAUGGUGCAAACGUACCAGCUAACGAAGGAAGGCGAGUACGGUACCAGUUUGAAGGUUGCCCCCGUCACCACCCGCGAAACGUUGAACAAGCAAACGUGUCUGCAGGUCAAUGGCUCCGAUGAUAACCCCAUCUCAGUGCAGAGCAUUCUACCGAACACGAAGGACUUCAAACUGGCUGGUACUGAACAAAGAAAUGGUUUCAACUGCGACAAGUUCGUACUGGUUGAUGAUGUCGGCCAAAAGCGCAAUUACUACAGUCUCUGGGUGAGAUAUGUGAAAUCUCCGAAGUAUCCAGCCUCCCGCAUGCCCAUUCCGGUUCGCUAUGAAAUGAAGGGUUACAACACGCUGCUUGGCUCGCAUUACGACCACUAUUAUUUGGAUUAUGAUUCGUAUGAACACCAGGACAUUCCGGCUGAUGUGUUCCAAGUUAAAACCAAUGAACCAUGCAUUGGUUUCCCGGGUCCCGGUAAUGGGCACUAUGCUACAUUCAAUCCCAUGCAAGAGUUCAUCCAUCCUCGUUCCGAAGAGCAUUUGGUCAACGAAUUCACCCGUUUCAAGUACAAGCACGGCAAAAACUACAACAACGAAAAGGAGCACGAUCUUCGUCGCGACAUCUUCCGUCAAAACUUACGUUUCAUCCAUUCGCACAAUCGUGCCGGAAAGGGAUUCACCGUUGCCGUUAACCAUCUAGCCGAUCGUACCGAAGAAGAACUGAAAGCCCUCCGUGGUUUCAAGUCGUCCAAUAUCUACAAUGGAGGCAAACCAUUCCCUUACAACCCGGCCGAUUUCAAAGAUGAUGUGCCAGAAAGUUUGGAUUGGCGUAUCGCUGGUGCGGUUACUCCCGUUAAGGAUCAAUCGGUAUGUGGAUCUUGUUGGUCGUUCGGAACAGCUGGACAUAUCGAGUCGGCGUACUUCCUGAAGUACAACAAUCUGAUACGCUUCUCGCAGCAAGCUUUGAUUGACUGUUCGUGGGGAUAUGGCAACAAUGGAUGUGAUGGCGGGGAGGACUUCCGUGCCUACCAAUGGAUGAUGGAAAUCGGUGGCAUCCCGUCAGAAGAAGAGUACGGCGGAUACUUGGGACAGGAUGGCUACUGUCGGGUGGAUAACAAAACCCUAUACGCUGCAAUCGAUGGAUGGGUAAAUGUGACAUCAGGAGAUUCUGAGGCUAUGAAACUUGCGCUGUUCAAACAUGGCCCGCUGUCGAUUGCUAUCGACGCCGGUCACAAAUCUUUCAGUUACUACGCAAAUGGAGUAUAUUAUGAACCGGAAUGUAAAAACAACUUGGAUGGGCUGGAUCAUGCAGUUCUGGCAGUGGGUUAUGGAAAACUGAAAGGAGAGGAUUACUGGCUAAUCAAAAAUUCUUGGUCCAACUACUGGGGCAACGAUGGGUAUGCCUUGAUGGCUAUGAAAGAGAACAACUGUGGCCUUACUACUGAUGCCACUUAUGUGAAUUUGAAGUGAGAUUUCAUUCUAUAUUAAGUUUCAGUGUAGAGUAGUUUUACUUUUGGAUUUGUGUCAUCUUGUGUAAGUCAAAAUAAAUCGUUUACAUGUUUUUUGUAACAAAAA